UGACUCGUACAACACCAAUUACGAAAUUACCAUGAUAUAGCCCUUUACUUCACCUAAACAAUUUAAUACCUCUAAACCACUCCUUUAUAUAUUUUUUCAUUAUCCACCAUUGUUCACUACUUUUUUCUUUUCUCAUAGUUUCAUAAUUAUAUAAACUUGUUUGCAUCUCAACUAUUUUAUUCCAUGGAUCCAACUCAAUCCAAGACCACAUCCGGCGCGGCUCAUUCAUCGAACCAUAAGCCCAACAGCCACCCAAAGCCAUCCAAAUCUGAGCUGAUGUCCAGCGCCAAACUAGUAGCGGACGCAGCCAAAGCAAAGCUCCAUCAUGAUCCGAAAAAUUUUGAAAAAUCGGAGCUCGCUGGAGCCGCCGCUGACCUUCUUAACGCUGCCUCCCAGUACGGCAAACUAGAAGAGAAAGGAAUCGGGAAAUUUGUAGGAAAGGCAGAGACUUAUCUCCACAAAUAUGAAACUUCUCAUUCCACAACCACAACUACUCAUGCUGCAGCUGCCUCUACGACUGGACACACGCAUUCAUCGGGACAUACAGAAGGGAAACAUGAAGAAUCUGGAAGUGGAUAUGGAGAGUAUAUUAAAAUGGCUGAAGGAAUUUUCAAGAAACAUUCAGAUGGAAAUCAGUCGUCGGAAUCCGGUAAAAAAGGAGAGUAUCUGAAAAUGGCUGGAGAUUUCUUGAAGAAGCAUUGACCCUGUACCAUAUACAAUAUUAUCUCAUCUUCUUUUCUUAAUUAAAUCUUUUGAAUUAUGUUUUAUUAUUUUUUUUCUCUAUUUUUUUUUUUUCAAAGUUCUAUUACUAUCUCUUGAGUUUGGUUAUUAAAUGAAAGUUCAAUUAUGGCGAAGGGCAAUGGAUAAAUGUGAUAUGUAUAUGUGUUGCCUGCGAUAUUGCCACUUGUGCCAAUGAAAAUAAAUUUGUUUAA